AGAUGAUGUUGCUUUCAUUUCCAAUCGGUCAGUGAAUGAACAUGGCUCUGCGCGAGUGGUACGCCGAUCGCGAAUUGCUCCUAACAGGAGUGACCAGCGACCUGGGACGAGCGCUGCUGGAGAAGAUCCUACGUUCGUUUCCCAAAGCGAAGGUUUACGUUAUCGUCCGGUCCCGGGAUGGGCUCAGCAAAGACGACAGGAUCAAGAAUAUUCUUCUUUCGCCUCGGUGUGAGAGGCUGAAACAACAGGAUCCGAACGCGCUAACCAGAGUGAAAGUAUUGGAGGGAAAUUUAAUGUACGAGGGAUUCGGGACGACGACGACGAGCAGAGCACUGCUGCGAAAUGUGAGCGUGGUAUUGCAUGCUGCUGGUCCGCACGAGAAACUCCUCCAGUUUUGCCAGGAACUGCCGCGACUGGAAGCCGUGGCCGCGUUCACGAGCGUCUUCCAAGGCCAGGGGAAUCGAAUCAGCGAGUCGUUGGAAAAGGAGCACGGACUCGAUGGACCUGUGGCUUUGGUACGGGUUCCGUUGGUCGGGCCGGCUCUCAGCGAGCCUAUGCCUGGUUUCGUCGACGUCCUCAAAGGACCGACUGCCCUGAUGGUAGGAGCGGGCCUCGCCCUCGGCAACGCGGAGUUUCAAGCGGAAAUCAUUCCGAUCGACUUGGCGGUCAACACCCUCAUCGCCGUUGCUUGGGAACGGGCCACCGCCGCGAAAAGUUUACAAGGAUCGAUUGUGUAUAAUGCAACCUCGAUCGAUUGUACGUGGGGCGAAUUGAUAAAAAAGAGUCAACGGGGAAACAAAAAGUUCUCGUAUCCAACCUUUGGCCUACGUGGAAUGACAAGUAUAGCUGUGAUGUACUGGAUUCUAGUGGCUCUCUUCGAAUGGUUACCAUCCGCAUUCUGUGAUACGAUCCUGGGCUUGUUCGGAGCAAAGAAAAGACUUCUGGAGGAGCAUCGGAGAGUCCGUAAUGCGCUCCGUUCCGUCGAGUCAAUUUCAUCGAGGCCCUGGUCAGUGGAGAGGACGCGCGUGUUCCAGCUCCAGCAACGACUCGCCCCGACCGACCGAGAUGCAUUUCCGGUUGUCACGGAAAUUGACGUAGAGAGUUACGUUCUUUGCACGGCCGCCGCAGCGAAGAAGUAUUGCGUGGACGAGACUAAUAUCACCCUCGUAAAAAUCUUUCGACUACUUUUCCUCCUCCUUAUUGCGACCGUGCUUCUCUGCGCGUUCCUCUCUUACAGGCAUCACGUGCCUGCGAAACAUCAUGAACUGUAACUCCCGGCCAAUAUCUCCUGGCCGAGAAACGAAAGAUAUUAGUUAGUUGUUUCUGUGACACGAAGCUAUGGAAUUCAUGUAGGAAGCUUUUCGUUCGAUUAUCAACUGGUUAAUUGGGAUAAGUAACGUAGCGGAAGAAUUUUAUUUGAAGUUUAUACGUGACAAUAAUAACGAACAAUAUUGAAUAAAUAAUUAACUUUUGGAAGAAGUAUGUAAGACAUGAUUUAAUCGAGAAAUAUUUUUAAAUAAACGAUAAUUAGCGAUCUCUUCUGUUAACAAAUUAUUUAUUCUAUAAACUCAUAUUGUAAACUGAUUAAUUGGGAUAAAUAAAGCAAUGGAAGAACCAUAUUUCA